CCGCCCUCCAAAUACGUCCGCCUGGUCCAAGUGCCGGGAAUCACAUUAUAUUAUUCACGAAUCGUUUGCAACCAACAGUAACAUCAUUAUCAUAUUAAGGAUUGGAUUAGUGUAAAGAUGUGGUAUUUGAUCAAUUCAGCAACGCGUUACUGUUGAAAUGAAAGCGAGAAAGUGUGUGAAGAACCAACACAGAAACUGCUAACGUUCGUGUGACCGUUCUCAAAGUCACUUACGUCACAGCCAGGAAGAAGCGAUUGCUCUGCUAGAGAAGUCCUUCGGUAGUGUUGUGCAUUUCAGGGGUUUAUUCCCCUAUCUAACCCGUUAUUGUAUAUGAAAGACAGGUGUUGGUGACACCAUGGCACCACUCCUGUUAUACCGCAUCGUCAGCUCCCUAACCUGCCAUCUAACCCAGAUAACCCGGAUCUACCCUAGCACUGCCACCACCAUCUCCCGCUGCCUCUCCUCCCUUACAUCCUACCCAGCCAGAGGGCUCCUGACCCCGGGUAGACCCAUCCAGCCCCUGGCCUCUUCUCCUCGAUCUUCUCCCCAGGAUGGUGGCUCCCUCCUAGGCCAGUGUCAGCACCUGGCCUGCCUCCAGCCCGCUUCAGGGAUGAAAACCAAGAGCGCUCUGAAACGGCGCUGUAAAGAUUGCUUCUUUGUGGUACGGCGGGGUCGUCUAUUUGUGUUCUGUAAGGCUCACCCCAGACACAAGCAGCGACAGGGGUGAAGAGGAGCAGGGGGUGUAUGGUCCUCUAAAUUGUUUGUUACUUGAAUUGCCACAUUAAAGUUUUUGACUGAU